CUGUGGCGUGUGAUGUCACACCGGGCGCACUUCCUGUGGCUGUAAUUGGAUGUAAACAUUGCAGGAUUUACUGUACCUUUUCUCCAGUGUGCGCCGGCAAACAUGAAGAAGUUUUUUGAGGAUAUCAAGAAGGACAUCAAGUUCAAGUCGGCUGGUCCCGGGCAGAAGCUGACGGACGAAAGCCAAAAGAGCCCCCCAGUGAAGACCAGCACCCCCUGCAAGCCGCGACAGAUUCCCACGGAAGGAGCGCAGAAGGCGGCGGCCGCGGCGCUGGCCAGGGUGGAGCAGGAGCACCGCCCCCGACCUCUGACCUCGCAGGACGCUAUCCGCUCCCAGGUGAAGAAAGAGCUUUUGGCAGAAGCAGCAGCUACAGCAGCAGUUGGGAAACCAGCAGAAAGCAGCGAGUCCUCCAAGGUGCCAGUUAAGGAGGCAACCUGUUUCUCGGUGUCUGGAGUGUAUUUCACCUGCCCUCUAACCGGAGCCACCUUAACAAAAAGCGAGAGGGAAGCGCACAUCAAAGAAGCUAUACUGAUGUGGUUUGCAGAGGACCCCCUGGAGGCCUCCGUCAUGAUGAUCCACACGUUCAACAAGGACAGGGAGAGACUGAAGGCCGGGAUCGACAUCAUCAGCAAAUACAUUGACAACAUCUGUAACAACCCCUCAGAGGAGAAAUACCGCAAGAUCAAACUGCAGAAUAAGGUCUUCCAGGAGAAGGUGAAGUGUAUCGAGGGGUCCCGGGAGUUUCUCCAGGCUGUGGGGUUCAAGAGCCAGGUUUUGGCAGUCGAUGGGCAAGAUAGCAGCGAGGAGUUCCUGGUGCUGCCAGAGGAGGCGCUUGCCCAGCUGGAGGAGCUGAGAGCAAGCCGGGCACGGCUGCAGGCGGGGGAACCAGUCAGAGCAAAGCUCGACCGCCAGCUCCAGGUCUACCGGCCCUCCCCCCAUGCCACACGCUUCGAACUGCCCCCCGACUUCUACAACCUCACCGCGGAGGAGCUGAAGAGGGAACAGCAGCUCAGGAGCGAGACGGUGGAGAGGAACGCUCAGCUGCGCACCAAGGUGAUGAGGGAGCGGGACGAGCAGCGUGAAAGGAAGAAGUAUAACUAUGCCCUGUUGAGAGUCAGGCUACCCGACGGUAACCUGCUGCAAGGCACAUUCUAUGCACGGGACAAGGUGCCAGCACUGUACGAGUUUGUGCGAGGGGCGCUGGUCAAUGACUGGCAGCCCUUUGAGCUGAUUGCCCCAGGGGGGCAGAAACUGAAGGAAGAGGAGCUUGCCUUGAAUGAGUGCAAUCUGGCUCCAGCUGCACUGCUGACUUUCUCCUGGGAUGCUGCUGUCCUGGCUGAUAUCCAGGCAUCUGGCACACAGACUCACAGCAUCCUGAAGCCAGAGCUGUUGGAAAACAUCAAGACCCUCACUUGAGCUGGUUCUGCACUGCUACCUUCUCCCUCCUCCCUCCAUCUUCUCUCUCUCUCUUCCCAGCCCUUCUCCACCCUCGCCAUCUUCCUGCCGUUACCUGCCGUCCCCAGUCCUGCCCCUGCUCUCCCAGUUAAAGGCUGCAGAGUCUCACCAGACAAUAAACGGGAAGGGUCAAGGAAAAAGAGCAAAAAUACAAGUGUUUGUUUCCGAACAGCGUCUUGAAUGUUACACAUACUGGAUGCCAGCGAUGGUUUUGAAGACACUAAUUGUAUGGAGGACCUCUCCCAUGCCUGUGGAGGGUUGAUACUCCUGUGAGAGACUAAUUCCACUUCACCAGGACUGGAAGACAAUGACUGACCCAGCCCAGAGACCCCUUGUGCUGGAGAGCCACCGUCCACCAGGGAGGAAGAGUCCACCUGAAAUCAAGUUUCUUUCACUCCCAGCCACUUCAGGUUGGGUACCAGUUUGAGGCGGGAGAAACCGAUGGUAAAUACUUUACAAGACUCUUGUUCGCAUCUCAGCUAAGAAUAAGUCUUAACUCAAACUAUAAAUCUGUGUUUUAAGGAUGUACAGUAGAACUUGUUGGAAUGUGGCUCUCCAGAAACUGGUCUGCAGUCACAAGUUAGUCUCUUUAAAAAUAAGUAUUGCAGAGUAUUUAGAGAAUGAGAAAGAUACAGUUGAAGGUAUAUUUCUGUAUUUGACAUUUUUGUUCUGUUUUGUGCAGAGCUUGGCUAUGCUGUAUUCUUGUGCAACACUGACAGCCCCACUGCUGCUCCUUAGACAAGAGUUUUUCAGAUUUGCACUGGGAUGGGAAGGUGUUUUUGAUAAAGAUCAGUAGACCCUUCUAGUAAAAUUGGUUUAUGCACUUAAUUUUUCUAAGGAUGCCUCCCAGACUGGGGCUGCACAGCUCUACACGCAGGGAACAGUGGAGACCCACUUGGCUUUACUGCUCCAGGUAGCUGCUGUCAGUGUGGGUGUGCUCGGUCGUGCUGUAAGGCACGGGAGGCCUCUGUUUGAACAGUCCCGGAACAGUGCUCUCGGGAGUGAAAAAUAAGUAGGCAGUCUAGAAAGUGGAAAGCAUAGAUCUUAUGACAUUAGGAGCAUUAUAAACUUCAUAUGGACCAAGAUAAGAGUUUAAGACAUGAAAGUGUUGAUUUUCUAAAACCAGAUACCAGAUGGAGAGACUUAUUUCUUCUUCUAGAUGCCCACUGAGGUGUAGCAGCUCCUCAGGCUGUUUUCCAUUAUUCUCCUUCUGAAACACUACUUGGCACUCUGCUUAUCAAAUGCACCCCAACACCAAUGCUCCUUACCUGUUGAGAGCAGUCAGUGUCCCAAGAAGAGCAGACUGCCAAGGACAGGAGACUGUAACCAGACUGAUUUACUGUGCUAAGUGUAGUAGCCUAUGCCGUAACAAAACUGAAGUGUCUUUUGAGUUCAGACUUUCCUUCUAAAUAGCAUUUCCCAACCCCUCUAUUACUGUGAUGAAACCUUCAUUUGACAACUUCAAACGAGAAGAUUUUAUAAAUGUAGCAGGAAUUUUCAUAGCUCUCAGACAGAGGAACAUUUACUUCCUUCAAAAGUCCAGGGCUUUUUUUAGCCCAACAUCAGACAACUUGAGCCUGGUGCUUGAAUGUGUUGCUGAAUCAGUAAAAAGAACUGCAAGAACAAUAUCUUUAAUAACCAGAGAAUAGAACAUGUACUACACUGCCAUUUCAUAAUGCAUAGCCCAUUUCUUCUGUUCUAAUUAUUGAUGUUGUUUAGUAAUUGUAAUUGUUCACUCUGAGAACGGCUGUACUCAGUUGUACUGUACACAGAUAAACAAUUUUAUAUCACUGAAAAGUCACAAUACCAGAUUUACACAAAUAUUCUUCUACACUUUUAAAACCCCAUCAUGUCUCAAAGUGAUCUGUUUUUUACAAGUGGAAGGUGUGGUGCAGCUCUGCCGGUUCUCAGCCAUGAUUCUCCUAGCGACAAGUUCAGACAUCGCAACUGCCCUGUCCAGAGCUGGACUGUAAACCACAUCCAGAAUCUCACCAGGAGAGAACUGUGCGCUUCAAACGCCAAACUUGGAUGAAAAGACACCAGAGGGCUAAAAACAUGGAUUCACAAAGUUUUUGUAUUUUUAAGGUUUAGAUAAAACAGUUUUAAUAUAAAAUUUUGUUAGAAGGUAAACAACCAAAUCACCUCAUUUUUGCACUCUCGAGUUUGAAGACAUUUCAGGAAUUGAGCAGAGCUAUAGUCAGUCCUGAGUGCAGGCAGGAGCAGCCUUCCUCCUCUCACACAGCGAGACGCCAGCUCUCCAGGCUCACAGACAGCCUGCACCGAAUCGCCUCUCAAUGCUUCUGCUGGCCGGCUCCCCAGCAUCAAGCCAGUUUUCACCCUGGCUGAACUUAACACUGAACCAAAAACUGCUUAAUCAUUUUUUACUUUGUUUUCAGGAAAUAAUACAGCUGAAGAAGGUAGCUACUAAACUUCACAAAUCUGAGAUUUAAAAAGUACAAAUGAGGCCAAUUGGUACAGCUCCAAAAAAGAGUUCAUACAUAGAAAUCCAGAGAAGAGGGUAACCCUGCACUAGAUACUACUGUUGCAAACGUUUAUAGUUCCAUAGGCUGGAUAAAGUUAACACCUUUAAACACCUUUUUGGGGGGUUAAAGGGAUUAUUAGGCAUGUUUUCCUAAUUGUGCAGGUUGCUUAUUAAAGGAGAGAUGUAAACAUUUUAAAUAACAGAUUAAUUAGAU